CUGAGGGUGGGUGGGGGGUAAGGAGGGUGAGCGAGAAGAUAUGUGAAGAAAAGGCAGUGGAAAAUAUUAUUAAAGCAAGGAGAAGAGGGAGAAAGAGGGGAGGAGCUUUGUGUGUUUAUCCACCAGCAGGUCACAGUAUGGCGCUGUUCACGUUCUGCAAGACACCCACAGGAGCAGUCAGAGUGACCAGACUACAACUGGUUCUGUACUGUUUUCUCCUGUCUCUUAUCAUAUACUUCCUCCAUGGACGUAAAGCCUCUGUUGGUGUAGAGUCACCUCAUCCUAUCUUUCAUGCCUUGGGAAUGGACAGGGGAAGAGUAAAGACAGACAAAACGGGUGUCAGGGCUGCGGUGCAACAAACUCCUCUGGAGACUCCAUGGGGUGCUCCUUUAGUGUGGGGUGACACCCGUAACUCAGCUUGGCGUAGGGCUAAAUUCGCACAACGAGAAAUCCGUACAGGUCUCCUGGCCAUCGUGGUGGGAACUUAUGCCAAGUUCAUCCACCGUUUCCUCUCUUCAGCUGAAACCUAUUUUCUCCCUGGUAAGAUGGUCACCUACUACAUUCUCACGGACAAUCCCCGUUCUCUGGAUCCCCCCAUCCAGUUAGGGCCUGGACGACAGCUGAAGGUGAUUCCUGUUGCAGAGUUGCCUGGAUGGAACAGGUUGGCCCAUCGCAGGAUGGACCUGCUUACUGAAGCCAUCAGAAACCCAAUCGGCAGUGAGGUAGUUUAUAUAUUCUGUGCUGACAUCGACCAGGAGUUUAUGGCCCCUGUGGGAGAGGAAAUCCUCGGAAACCUGGUAGCCACGUUGCACCCAGAGCUAUAUGGGAUGCCACGAAAUGCAUUUCCUUACGAAAUCGAAGAAAGCUCAUCAGCUUGCGUGCAGGAAGAUGAAGGAGACUACUACUACACAUCUGAGUUGUAUGGAGGAUUGGUUUCUGAGAUGUACAAACUGUCUCGAGCCUGCUCUUUGCUAAUUCUACAGGACAGGGCUAAUGGGGUAACAGCAAGGGGCCUUGAGGAGAGUUACCUAAACCGCUACCUGAUCAACAACAGGCCAACCUGUGUGCUGUCACCCGAGUACAGCUGGUGGGACUCGGCCCUGUCUGCUGAUGUACCUGUACAGCGGCUAGUUUCCUUGGGAAGGCAAUGUGAGGCUGAAGGCAAGCAGAAAAGGAAGGAGCAUAGAUGUUGAAUUAAUGUAAAAAGAGGGUUCUGCUGGCCAAACCUAAUGAAGUAUGGAUGUAGAUCUCCCUCCCACAUGAAGAACUACUGUUUAUAGAGUAAAAUUUCUUUUUGAAGAAGGUCAGGUAGCAAAUAAUGUUAUAACAGGACAGGAGAUAAUGGGAAAAAAGAAGAGAAAGCACAUAAUCUAGACAUCUUCAUCCAGUUCAUAAUUCCAUACUCCAUUUAAUUUGAUGUUCUAUUAGCCGAUAAAUGUCACCUACAAUCCCAAAGACGAAAACUGCACAAUCUGCUCUCAAUUAAAGACCCAUAUGUGUAAACAGCAUCUCUGUGUGCCUGCUAUCUCUUCCACAGCAGACAAAAAAGAAAUUGACCUGUCUCUUUAAAAGAAGCGCUGUCCUCUCCAUUAAUGUCAGCCCCAGAGAUACUGCUCCAGUGGCUUUGUGGCGAGCAGCGAUAAGAGUCAACAGUGUAAGUGCACACUUUCCCCACAGUGGCCAAUCAUUAACUGGAAGAGCUGCUGUUUCAAGGUCUUUAAAUACCAGGUGGGGGAAAAAUGGAAACAACAGGAUGCUGUUAAAUAUGCAUAGAAGUUACAAUGUUAGCUAAAAUAAUUCUGAAAUCAAUCACAUUGUUUCAGGGUGUAUUGAAAUGGUUUUCUGUUAUAUUUCCCAUCUAAAAAGGUAAACUCAAA